AUGACUUCAGAGCAACGUCGAUCUGGUAAUAACAAUCGACAACAGCAAACAACAAUUAAUACAAAUGUGAAUCUACCCAGAGAACCUUCUGAUACGUCAACAUUUGAUAAAUUGAUGAUGUAUUUUACUAAAACUAAUCCAGAAUAUUCCAUAUCUGAUUUCACUGAAGCUUUAUAUUCUUUUCGACAAAAUCGGCAAACAUUAGCUGGAAUUUCUCUAACACAACUUGAAGAAGGUGUGUUAAAUAUAGUUCGAAACAAGUAUCCGUCAAAAGAGAACGAUAUUGACACCAGUGAAACUGAAAAUACAAGUGAAACUACAAAUGAACAGUCUGUUGCUGCUGCUCUUUGGAGUACAUUUAAACGUUAUCGAGAACGUGAAGAAUUAUCAAAAAAAAGCGCAAAUGAUAAAACUAAUCAAGCUGCUGUAGCAGAAGAGCAGUGUCUUAUUUGUCUUGAAAAUUUAAGUUCCAAGAAAACAGAAACAUUUACAUGCAAACAUACAUUUCAUCGAAAUUGUCUUGAAGAAUGGUUUAAAAUCGAACGAACAUGUCCUCUGUGCCGUAAACUAUUACUUUUCAAUGAUGAAUUUCCCGCUUUGGUGUGA